AUGAAGAACGUCUAUGGUCUGCCGACAGAACGACAAACCACACAACCACUGUUUGGUCAGAUGAGCUUUUUUCUUCCGAAGACGUUCUCACAUUCGCAGAUGCUGUCCCAUGAAAAAUUGAAGGAACUUAUUACAUUAUGUGGGGGAACAUGUUGUGACAAACCCUGGGAACUUGUCAACUACAAGAAUGCCUACACAAUCUUCAUGUCGCAUUCUACGGAAUUUGAUGUGGCACGUCGAUAUGAGGCAAGCAUGGAUGGCGUCCCUGUACUUGUCGUAGACUGGAUAUUGGAUUCAAUUGCAGAAUUUCGUGUCAAGCCAAUAGAAUCAUAUAGGAUACAACAGAAACCUUGA